UUGCACUUUCUCUACUCUGUAACAGUUCUAUCCCUUUUUUUUUUUUUUUAUAAGCUCUCAUCAGGAUUCAGGAAGUGAAAAUGGCGAUGGUUGCCUUGCAACAUUCAACGGUUAACAGCUUGGGUUGGAUAUUUCGAUUAUAAGUUGAAGGAACCGCACUAAAAGUCGCGUCUUAAGUGAUAUUGGAAUGAAUGAAUGCAGUGCUCUCACUUUCUCCACCAACUCCGAGCCUGUGCCAAAUCCCAAAACCUAUUGCAGGGGAAGAAGUUCCAUGCCCAGAUCAUCAAAACAGGUCUGGAACAAUGGGAACCACUCCCCAACAACCUUAUCGAUAUGUAUGGCAAAUGUGCUAUCCUCGAAGCCGCAUUUCACCUGUUCGAUGAAUUGCCUCAACGAGAUCCUGUUUCGUGGGCUUCCAUUCUUACAGCUUACAACAAAGCCAAUCUCCCCCAUCGUACCCUCUCCAUCUUUCGCAACAUGUUUGCAUUCGAUCAAUUACAACCUGAUAAUUUCGUCUUUGCGACAGUUGUUAAAGCUUGUGGUAGCUUAGGUGCGGUCAAACAGGGCAAGCAAGUCCAUGCCCGCUUUGUCUUAUCUCAGUUUGCCGAUGAUGAUGUUGUUAAGUCCUCACUUGUUGAUAUGUACUCUAAGUGUGGGCUAUUAGACGAUGCCUGUUGGGUUUUUGAUUCGAUUUCUUGGAAAAAUUCUGUUUGUUGGACGGCUAUGAUAUCUGGGUAUGCUCGAAAUGGCUGGACUUUGGAGGCUGUUAAGCUCUUACAGAGAAUGCCCAUGAAAGAUUUGUUUUCUUGGACGGCUUUGAUUUCUGGGAUUGUGCAGAGUGGAGAUGGUUUUGAUGCGAUAAAACUUUUUAUACAAAUGCGGAGAGAAGGCGUCAAAAUAAUUGAUCCUUUUGUUCUUUCUAGUGUAGUGGGUGCUUCAGCAAAUUUAGCUGCAUUGGAGCUAGGGAGACAGAUUCAUUGCCUUGUAGUAGUCUUUGGUUAUGAAUCAAGUGUUUUUGUCAGUAAUGCACUCGUUGAUAUGUAUGCCAAAUGCAGCGAUAUUUUGGCAGCAAAAGAUGUCUUUGAUAAAAUCCACCAAAGAGACGUGGUUUCUUGGACUACAAUUAUAGUUGGUGCGGCUCAGCAUGGGAAAGCAGAGGAAGCAUUGACUCUUUUUGAUGAGAUGAUCUUGGCAGGAUUAAAGCCAAAUGAGGUCACAUUUGUUGGACUAAUUUAUGCUUGCAGCCAUGUUGGUCUAGUUGACAAAGGUCGUCACUUGUUCAAUUCCAUGAUUAAGGAAUACAGAAUUAAUCCUUCCUUACAGCAUUAUACUUGCUUGUUGGAUCUUCUUAGUCGAUCAGGGCAUCUUGAUGAGGCUGACAAUCUCAUCAAAACCAUGCCAUUUGAUCCUGAUGAAGCUACAUGGGCUGCUUUACUAAGUGCUUGUAAGCGCUAUGGGAAC